CCGGUCUCAUGGGCCAUGGCUGCUGGAGGAACCAUGGCAGAGAUGUUCCUUGUUGAGAGCCCCGAUGUGACCUACAGCGAGGACUACAUCGAGGCCAAAUACACGUACAGCACCGUGCACGUGAGCAGGGAGGAUGGCGUCACCAAGGUACCCGUUUCAUCCGACAACGUCUUGCCGGGGACCAAGGCUGAGCAGGUAGCGCAGCUCCGCAGGGACAUCCAGGAGUUCAAGGCCGCCAGCGGGGUGGACAAGGUGGUGGAGAUGGGGGGGCAGCAGCCCCAUUUUGUGGGGGAAGGGGUGCGGAAAGCGGGGCCCUGCCCACGUGCUGCACUGAGCUGCCCCUCCUCUCUCCCCCAGCGAGGCCUGGAGGUGUCUCCCUCCACGCUCUUCGCUGUGGCCAGCAUCCUGGAGGGCUGUGCCUACGUCAACGGCUCCCCCCAGAACACCCUGCAGCGCCGCGUCUUCAUCUGCGGGGACGACCUGAAGUCAGGCCAGACCAAGCUGAAGUCGGUGCUGGUGGAUUUCCUGGUCAGCGCCGGCCUCAAGACCGUGUCCAUCGUCAGCUACAACCACCUGGGGAACAACGACGGGAAGAACCUGUCGGCCCCGCCCCAGUUCCGGGCCAAGGAGGCCUCCAAGAGUAACGUGGUGGACGACAUGGUGCAGUCGAACCCCCUGCUCUACGGACCCCAGGAGAAGCCCGAUCACUGUGUGGUGAUUAAGUACGUGCCCUACGUGGGCGACAGCAAGCGGGCGCUGGACGAGUACACGUCGGAGAUCAUGAUGGGCGGCACCAACACCAUCGUCAUACACAACACCUGCGAGGACUCCCUGCUGGCCAGCCCCAUCAUCCUGGACCUGGCCAUCCUGACCGAGCUCUGUCAACGCAUCAGCUUCUGCACCGAGCACGACCCCGAGUUCCAGGGUUUCCACAGUGUCCUGUCCCUCCUGGGCUUCCUGUGCAAGGCGCCCCUGGUGCCCGAGGGCACCCCCGUCGUUAACGCCCUCUUCAGCCAGAGAAGCUGCAUCGAGAACAUCCUGAGGGCCUGCGUGGGGCUGCCCCCCCAGAAUCACAUGCUGCUGGAGCACAAGAUGCAGCGGCCGUGUGUGAGCCUGAAGCAAGCGCGUCUGCCUGAGGGCCUGGUCGCCCACAAGAGGGCAGCUGCCCAGGUGAACGGCUACCUGUGCCCGUCCAGCCACGGGCGCCGGCCCGCCCAGGCCCAGCCCUGGAAUUGGGGGCUGCUGGGGUCCUUACUUUCCCACUGA